AUGAUGAAGCGCCCUUUCUUAUCAAGCAGGCCUGGCAAGCAGCAGCAGCGCGGGCAGCCAGCGGGGGUCCUUGGCGGACGAUCUCACCAGCCAGGCCUGGCCGGCCUGCCGCACGUGGCGACGCUGCCGCACCAUCAGCACUUGCGGCGGCAAGAUGAGCAGCAGCAGCACCAGCAGCAGCAGCGGCCGCGCGGCAAGGUUGCCAUGCGCGCCAAGAAGGACGACGAUGAGGAGGACGACGAGCUGAAGAAGGACUGGAAGUUCGGGCGCAAUGAGGGCAACAUGAGCUGGGGGUGGAAGCUGUGCUGCGCCAUCCUGUACAUGCUGCCGUGGGUCGACGUCACCGAGAAGACGGUGUACUUCAUCGAGCGGUUCCCCGCCUUCCAUUGGACAGAGUACUUCACGGAGCCCUUUGAGCACUGGUUCUACAUCCACGAGUGGGCGCCGCUGAUCAUCUUCUUCGGCACGUACCUGGGCAUCGUGCGGAACAAGAAAAUCGCCCACGUCGCGCGCUACCACAUCAUGAUGGGCAUCAUGCUGGACAUUGUGGCGAUGAUCCUCAUCGUGGUGGAGGAGAACCUGCCCUUCGGCAUCCUGUGGUCCCCCUGGUCAGACCUCUUCUACGCCCUCAUGUUCUGGUUCGUCUUCCUCCUGGUCAUCUACUGCCUCUUCUUCUGCUUCAUGGGCUGGUACUGCGAGAUCCCCCUCAUAUCCGAGGGUGUCUACAUCCAGAUCGAGCAGGCUGAGUCCAUGGGCGCGUGA